GCCUAUGGAGACCAACACUUCCUUUAUUGAUUAAUGUUCGUCUCUAUUAACUUUUGCCAUUUGGUUUUUUUUUUUAAAAAAAGGAUGUAGAUCUAGAUAAGAUCUAGCCAAAGGAUUAAAAUAACCGACUGCUACAUAGUACUACAUAUAAAUAAUAUAAUAAUAUAAUACUUGUCUUGAUUUUGCAAUUAAAACAACUGUAAAAAUAAUUAAAAACUUAGGCCAUUCAAUAGAAAGCUUCAGGGUUUGUUUGUUUUGAAGACAUCACACUGCCCAUGUUCUAGAAGUGCAUUACUAAAAUGGUGACCAUUUUUGCUUUCACUAUGUGGUAGAGAAAUAAAACUAAUGAUUAUGAAGCCGUCGUCAAUAAACAAUGUGACAGCUUGUGUGGCCAUGUCAGAUAAGGAAGACAAAUCUCUUGAUGCCUCUCGACUGUUGGCUACAAGCCCUAUGAUGAACAGCAGUAGCAGUACUAGCAACAAGAGUUUGACACUUGCCACUGCCCAGCGAAACUCUCGCAAGAACAGUGCAGAGCGCACCAUACUCCAUACCCGCAUGGAAGACGAAGAUGUGCACAAAGAGUACGUGUUUGGAGAGAUCUUGGGAGAAGGCUCCUUUGGUAAAGUGUAUAGAGCUCAUCACAUCAAGACAGGAGAAACUGUGGCCAUUAAGGAGAUUGUCAAAGAAAAAGCAGGGAGCUCUGGAAUUCGACAACUUGAAAAGGAAGUUUCAAUUUUUAAAAAAGUUGAUCAUAGAAACAUUAUUCAUCUUAAGGAGGUUGUUGAGUCUCCUAAGAAAAUGUACCUAAUGAUGGAGUUGUGUGAAGGGGGGGAUCUGGCCAAACUCUUAAAAGGUCGAGGUCAUUUGACAGAAUCUGACACCAAAGUUGUGAUGUCAAGUCUUGCUGAAGCAAUCAAGUACUUACAUCAACAAGGAAUCCUUCACAGAGAUUUAAAGUUAGAAAACAUUUUAUUAGCAGAUGACCCAUCAGAGAGCAACAGAAUUCAUAUUAAGGUCUCUGACUUUGGAUUAUCUACUCAACAAACAUCCAGUACUUUUGAAAACAUGCAAGAGCAAUACUGUGGUACUCCAUCUUACAUGGCUCCUGAAAUGAAUUCAACUUAUUCCUACCCGGUGGAUGUCUGGGCUAUGGGAAUCAUUAUGUAUUAUUUGCUAACAGAGUACCCUAAGGACAAUGAACUGAAUGAAUUGAUAUCCAAAGAGGGGCCAACAUUUGAAGAGCCUCAAUGGUCUGGGGUCAGCCAUCAAGCCAAGGACCUUCUGCAGGCCAUGCUAAAAAAAGAUCCAGCCCACCGUCUGUCAUCUGGUGAAGUCCUCAACCAUGAGUGGUUCACAGGCAAGAAAAAAGAACAUGGCAAUGUUCUAGAACUGAUGAAAGAAUACGGCAGGGAGCAGAAGGAGAGCAGCCAGGCUAGUGCAAUCAACGGUACUGACAAGCCAACAGUCAGUGGAUCUAAAGGCUCAAAGCAAAGUUCAAACACAACAAAAGCUCCUUCAGAAAAUGACAAAAUCAGCUUGGCAUCAUCCAGUUCCAGCAACAGACCAACAAGAACUCUCUCUAAAUCCACAUCUGGCACCAAGCAGGCCUCAGGACCUUCUAAAAAACCAGAGUCUAAGACCAAUUUUGCUGCAAAGACUAAAAAAUAAAAGCUGCUCAAGGCAUUUCUUCAAAUGCUCUGUGUUUCUCUACAAGUCUGCUGGUGGUGGCUCCAUGGGACUGGAGACUGUCAAUGGAGGCCUGGCUGUGGUAGUGGACAAGCAAGUUUUAGACACUCUUCUCAGCACUACUUGACUCAUGGCAUACAACUCAUUGAAUGGCUUAGGGUUAAGGUUAUAAAGCUCAUUGAAAUGCUUAGGGUUAAGGUUAUAAAGCUCAUUGAAAUGCUUAGGGUUAAGGUUAUAAAGCUCAUUGAAAUGCUUAGGGUUAGGGUUAUAAAGCUCUUUGAAAUGCUUAGUGUUAAGGUUAUAAAGCUCAUUGAAAUGCUUAGGGUUAGGGUUAUAAAGCUCAUUGAAUUGGUUAGGGUUAUGAAGCGCAUUGAAAUGGUUAGGGUUAUGAAGCGCAUUGAAUAGGUUAGGGUUAUAAAACUCAUUGAAAUGCUUAAAGCGCAAGAUAAAAUAUAAGAUAUUAGAAGUUGUUUUUAAAAACUCAUAUUAAUACUGUAUUUGAUUCAUUUUAAAAUGGAAUUUUAUUGUUAACUGCACCAAUGUGAACCCAUUAGCCAAAACAUGUCACACUGCCGAGAAGAGAUUCUCCUGCAUGUAAAAUACUUUGUCAAAUUUCCUGCCCAAGUAGGGAUAAACAUGUCAUAUUGUUCUCUUUGUCAAGUAGUUUAAACUUGCCAAAUCUGGUUGUCAAGUAAAUGAAUUGUUUUAAAUAGUCUGCUUUUAAGUUGAUUAAGUAUGUCAAGUAUGUCAAAUUUGCUUUCAAAAUAGAUUGACUUGUCCAAUGUUCCGCUGACCAACUAUUGAGUGUGAAGGCUAGUGUUUAUGUCAUAUUUUUGUCAACAGUAACAUACAGGGAUGUAAAGCUCUUCAGUUUUUAAUUCACACAUUUGAAAAUCUGUUCAUUAUUGCAAUUCCUGUUUAACUUCCUUUAUCAUGAUUAUGCUUAUUGUUUUAUUAAAAGGAAAGUUAACUAUAAAUAAAGAGUUCACCCAUGUUAUUUAUUUUUAUUUUAGAUUGUUGUCUAUUCACAGUAAUUAGUGUAAUCACUUUAUUUUU